GACCUUUGACAUUUAUAAUGCGUAGCCCACUAACUCUUUCAUUUCGCUGCACUUACCGGUUUCCUAGCAACACAGGAAACCAUCUACCCGCAAACACGCACCACAGCGCUGCGCAGAACAAAAGGCGAGAGAAGGCAGAGAGUAAGAGCAGUUAAACACCCUGAAGAGCUAGCGAGCUGACGAGCGUGCAGGACGACGCGCGGAGAGCGCACGACAGAUGACCAGGAUGCUCCCGUUACUCCAUCUCCUGCUUGUCCUGCCCUGGAGUGUGUGUGCGUCCGCUCCGCCGACAGAGGUGAGCUGCUAUGUUGUGAACCUGGACUACAUAAACUGCACAUGGAACCAACCCAAAGCUCCUGAUCUCAGCUACACCCUCUUCGCAAAUUAUACAGGUUAUGCUCUGGUGGAGUGUCCUCAGUACCUGGUGGGUGAUAAGGGCCUGAGGGUGGGCUGCAGAUUGCCCUAUUCCGAGCCUGAGCGCUUCCAAACGCUUGAGACGUCACUGAGACGGUCAGGAAACCUUUCAAUCCACAAGCAACACAAACUCAAGGACACAGUAAAACUGAACCCCCCCACCAACUUGAAGCUGCGGUGGAGGCAGAAGGCUCUCUCACUAAGCUGGGACGUCCGCGCCGGCUACAAGCGCUUCGAAUGCAUUGAGAGCAGGGUUCAGUAUGGCCUCAACGACAAGUGGCUGAGCCCCACUAAGCUGAGUCCUGGAGAGAAGUCUUUCCUCAUGGAGUACCCCUCCAACAGCAGUACGCACACGUUCCGCGUGCAGGUGCGCCUUCACGGCUGCGGCUCGUCUGCAUGGAGCGAGUGGAGCCCUGUGGUGGUAUGGGGGAAUCGCACAGAUAGCAAGCGUGCACCCCCUGCUAUGUCAUGGGUGUCUUUGAUGCUGUACAUGUCUGUAGCUGCAGUGAUCCUCAUCCUGCUCACAUGCCUGUUAGUCCACAAUGAGAGACUGCGGGUCACCCUCAUCCCUGUGGUACCCAACCCUGGGAAGAACUUGACUGAGCUCAUGGACACGUACAACGGAAACGUGGAGAAGUGGCUGCGCAUCUCCAAAGAGCUGCAGGAGGGCUUCAAGCCCACGUUUACGGAGCGGCCGUACGCGGUGCGGGAGUACCGGCUAGUGGGGCAGUCCAGUGUGGAGAGCGACAGUGGGGUAUCUCUCUCCUCCUCCUCCACCUCCUCCUCCACCACCUCCUCCACCACCUCCUCCUCCACCUCCUUCUCCACACUGCCCCACAGCUCCACCUCUUCAACGGAUGGAUCCUGCUGAACACGCCCCAACCUGUCACAGACUGGCUACUGUGAACAUGCUCCAAACAUCCCCAAUCUGCCGAUCCUGCUGAACAUGCCCCAAAUAUCAUGAGGAAUUGGAUCAGCAACCUCCAACUCCACCCUGACCACACCCCAAACAACCUCCAACUCCACCCUGACCCAAACAACCUCCAACUCCACCCUGACCACACCCCAUAACCACACCCCAUACAGCCUCCAUCUCUGCCCUAACCUACAAACUCGUCAAAGUACUUACCUAUCUGUUAACUCAGGGAGAAUAUUGGCCCCAGCUGUGGCGCAACUGGCUGGGGCACCUGCACCGUACGCCGGCGACCCGGGUUCGAUUCCCGCCCCGUGGUCCUUUCCGGAUCCCAACCC